AUGGCAACUUCGGACACAGUCAUUCUUACGGCCAAAGAGCGAAGGGUUGUAAAGGACAAGCAUGCAAAAUUCAAAGGGGCGGCUCGAGUGUGGAUUACACAUUUAGAUUUCCCGAAUCCAUGCCGCCAGAUCGACAGAGAACAUGUUGAGCGUUUGAAGGGGGACUUUCAACGCAGAGGAUGUAUGAAUGAAACACCAGAUCAUUGGAUCCCAGCCAUGAUCGAUGAAUCGAUACUUCAAGCGGCGCUGGAGAAGCUGGGGAUAAGUGCUUCGCAGUUCAAGGCUACGUCUAGCGACAAGCCGCCGCUCCUUGAUCUUGGAAUUGGAAUGAAGCUCGAGUGCCUUCACGGACAACAUAGAAUCCGUGCCGCCGAAGAAGGUCUCGACGCACCUAAAAGAUGGUGGGUAGUUGAGCUCUAUAGCAGUGAUCUUGAGAGGGCCACCAAACAGCACCUCCGCGAAGGAUAUUCUUAUUCAGCAAAUUACACAACUGGCGAAAUAUUUCGCCAUAUGCGGCUUUGUUACUACGACCAAGACACUGAUGGUGUUGAACGAUGGCGGGGAAAACUUACCGACCCCCAAAGAGAGUCUCUAGCGCUUCUUUUGGAACGGGGCUUGCUCAUCAAGGCCUUGGACUCUGUGUUACAUAUCCAAGGCGUCUGGAGGACUUUUUAUCUUGGUUCACUAGAUGUUUUCUUAAAUCUAAAGUGUGACGAGGAGAUAGCCUGUUCUAUCAAGGGCGUUAAGUCGAAUUUGACCCAUAUUUUUGGAAACGAUAUGGUGACGAUGAUGGCCACUGACCCCUUCAGUAUCAAGUCCAUUCAGUCGAGAGCUCCGGCUCUUUCUAAGUCCGACUACGAAUUUGUUGAAAAGCAAAUGCGAUCUCAAGUCCUUUUCCCGGGAGUAACAGACCCAGGAAAGAGGGCUGAUAUAACACGGCGCCUCCUCACCACCGAGGAGCUCAUACCAAGCCUCUAUACAGUAAUCAGAGACAUCAGGUAUCUGAUAGAGCCUGCUAGGAUCUUGGGUGCUCUCCUGCCUAAGUCAAAGAAAACUCUGCGCAAGAGGUUUUACUUCCAUUUUACCGGAGUGGAAUCGAGCGAACAUACCAUCGAGGUACAGCAGAGCAGAUCUUCUUAUGUGACUAUUCCAAGGAAAUCCUUGGAUGCUUUUGAUAUUGCAUAUCAACAGUUAUGGCUCUGUUCAUGUCGAAUUUGGAAAACCCCUAAUGCCUACGCUUGGCUGCAAGUGGCCACUCUUGCUGAUCGGUUAGGCUUCUCAUGCCCAAGUAUUGGGCACGAACUAAAAAAGGACCCCAACCAAGGCAUGAUAGAAAAGGUUGUUCUAGAGGCACUCGAUGUCCUUCGACCUAACGAGGGGUUUGCCUUCGAUGCCAAUCAAGCCAGGCCUGCUAUCACAUCUUUGAAGGACUACUUGGACAAGGUCUUGGAAACGCCUGCAAAGACAGCUCCUCCAUUUAUAACUGUGGCUGGAUCAGCGGUUCCCUUGAAUAGCCGAUGCGGAUACGGCGGCAUGGAUACUCGGGAUCUUAACCACCUCUUUCUUGACAAGAUACACGCACCACUCCAUUGGCAUCAGAGGGGAGGGGAUGAGAUCAGCUCCUUUUACGUCAAGCGGUCACGGCAUAGAGCAUUCUUUGGGGCACUUGAUCUUACAGGAGCUCAUCAACCAGGCCAGUCUACAGAUCUAACUACUGUGAUUGCUUCUAUAGCACCGCAGGCAGCCCGAACGCCUCUCUCCGUUGGAGAAUCGACUGAUUUGGCUUCUGUUUCUGAUCAAAGAGGUCCGGGUUCUAACGCAGAGGCCCAGGACAUUGUCACGGAUCAGACUUCGUCAUUUAAAGGAUUGGUGGUUACAUUUUUGCAGGGCAAUGAGGUUGUUCAAGAAGUACCCUACGAUAAGGAGUCCGUCAACAACCAAGCCCGAGAGUAUGCAGAUCAGGGGAAGAAAUUGUAUCUCCUACAGGGCGGCAACUUUGUCUGGCAGGACUGUUUCGAUAUGCUUGUCCGAACAGGCUGUUCCACCGUAUCGUUGUCCACUGUUCGGCCUAUCAGUGGUAAGCGGCGCCGAGGACAUGACCUACAAGACUAG